AUGGAGCUGGCCAAUAAGGAUCCUUUGGAGUUGAAAUCAGAGGAGGAGCUUGCACGAGAUCUGGCUCGUCUCAGCCUCAUUCGAAAGGAGCGCGAGGAGGCGGCUAGAAAGCGCGAGGAGGAGAAAAAAGCUAAAGAAGCAGCCCACGCGGCCGCACAAGCGCGUGCUCAGGAACGUUUAGCAGCCCUUCAACAGAAAGGAAAGAAGAAGGGCGGAGGAAAACCGAAGGCCACCGCGCACACCAACCCACCCGCGAACUCAUCUUCGAACUCCCCCUGCGUCCCAGCUGCUGAAUCCUAA